CUUAUCCCGCGCAUGCGUGUACUGAGUCCGGGGGUCGGGCAGUGCUUCGGGCGGAGAGAAGGCUGGGGAUGGAGAGGGAGUGACCCGGGGUCCGACAGGGAUCACGGCCAGGCAAGUCUGGUAAUUGGACAGGCUCCACUUCCUGAAGUGUGCAGGGUUUGUCCAGUUAGCAGUCACCAUGGUUGCCCUGUCGCUGAAGAUCUGCAUCCGGCAGUGCAAUGUGGUGAAGACCAUGCAAUUUGAACCGUCCACUGCGGUCUAUGAUGCCUGCCGGAUCAUCCGGGAGAGGGUCCCCGAGGCUCAGACUGGCCAAGCAUUCGACUUUGGUCUGUUCUUAUCAGAUGAAGAUCCAAGGAAAGGAAUCUGGCUGGAGGCUGGCAGGACCCUGGAUUAUUACAUGCUGAGGAACGGGGAUGUCCUGGAAUAUAAAAAGAAACAGCGACCCCAGAAGAUUCGAAUGUUAGAUGGAGCAGCGAAAAUGAUAAUGGUGGAUGACUCUAAGACCGUGGGAGAACUUCUAGUGACCAUCUGCAGCAGGAUAGGUAUAACAAACUAUGAGGAGUAUUCUCUGAUCCGUGAGACCGCUGAAGAGAAGAAAGAAGAACCUACAGGAACAUUAAAAAAGGACAGAACUCUCCUCAGAGAUGAGAAAAAAAUGGAGAAACUAAAAGCGAAGCUUCACACAGAGGAUGAGUUGAAUUGGCUCGAUCACAGCCGCACAUUUCGAGAGCAGGGAGUAGAUGAAAACGAGACCUUGCUUCUCCGCAGAAAGUUCUUCUAUUCAGAUCAGAAUGUGGAUUCUAGAGAUCCUGUUCAGCUCAACUUGCUCUAUGUUCAGGCCCGUGAUGACAUUUUGAAUGGUUCUCACCCUGUGUCAUUUGACAAGGCCUGUGAGUUUGGAGGAAUACAAACCCAAAUUCAGUUUGGACCUCAUGUGGAAGUCAAACAUAAACCGGGAUUCCUAGACCUUAAAGAGUUUCUACCAAAAGAAUAUAUCAAACAAAGAGGAGCAGAGAAGAAAGUAUUCCAGGAUCAUAAAAACUGUGGAGAAAUGACAGAAAUUGAAGCCAAGGUGAAGUAUGUGAAGCUGGCUCGGUCUUUACGGACUUAUGGAGUCUCAUUCUUUUUGGUUAAGGAGAAAAUGAAGGGUAAGAACAAACUUGUGCCACGACUCCUUGGGAUCACUAAGGAAUCGGUAAUGAGGGUGGAUGAGAAAACAAAGGAUGUGCUCCAAGAAUGGCCUCUGACAACGGUUAAACGCUGGGCUGCCUCCCCAAAAAGCUUUACCCUGGAUUUUGGAGAGUAUCAGGAGAGUUACUAUUCUGUACAAACCACAGAAGGGGAACAGAUAUCCCAGCUCAUCGCUGGAUACAUUGACAUCAUCCUCAAGAAGAAACAGAGUAAAGACCGCUUUGGACUAGAGGGGGAUGAAGAAUCCACCAUGUUAGAAGAGUCUGUUUCACCAAAAAAAUCCACUAUCCUUCAGCAGCAACAGGUCACUCGGCCCGGUAAGCCUGAACAUGGUACUGUCGCCCUGCCAGCCAUUAUACGCUCAGGAUCAAGUGGCCCAGAAACGUUCAACAUAGGCAGUAUGCCGUCAGCACAACAGCAGCUUACUACAGGCCAGAUGCACAGAGGUCACAUGCCACCACUGACUUCAGCGCAGCAGGCUCUAAUGGGGACCAUUAACACCAGCAUGCAUGCGGUUCAACAGGCACACGAUGAUCUGAGCCAAGUGGACAAUCUACCACCUCUAGGACAUGAUAUGGCAUCCAGAGUUUGGAUUCAAAACAAAGUAGAUGAGUCAAAACAUGAGAUCCACUCCCAGGUAGAUGCUAUCACUGCAGGAACAGCAUCGGUAGUGAACCUGACUGCAGGGGAUCCAACAGAGACUGAUUACACAGCGGUGGGCUGCGCUAUUACCACUAUCUCCUCUAAUUUGACUGAGAUGUCGAAGGGAGUGAAGUUGUUGGCUGCUCUGAUGGAGGAUGAGGUUGGAAGUGGGGAGAAAUUACUGGGAGCAGCAAGAACCCUUGCCGGUGCUGUUUCCGAUCUACUUACAGCUGUACAGCCAUCUUCUGAGGAGCCCCGUCAGACCGUUCUCACAGCAGCUGGCAGUAUAGGGCAAGCAAGUGGAGACCUGCUACGACAAAUAGGAGAAAAUGAAGCUGAUGAAAGGUUCCAGGAUGUAUUAAUGAGCCUGGCAAAGGCUGUAGCUAAUGCUGCUGCCAUGCUGGUACUGAAAGCCAAGAAUGUGGCACAAGUGACAGAAGACACAGUGCUACAGAAUAGAGUUGUUGCUGCUGCUACUCAAUGUGCGCUCUCUACCUCGCAGUUGGUGGCCUGUGCCAAGGUGGUUAGCCCAACUAUUAGUUCUCCAGUGUGUCAGGAACAAUUGAUUGAGGCUGGAAAGUUAGUGGAUCGCUCUGUGGAGAACUGUGUGCGUGCAUGCCAGUCAGCCACAGAAGAUGUGGAACUUUUGAAACAAGUCAGUGCAGCAGCCACUGUGGUCAGCCAAGCCCUUAAUGACCUCCUGCAGCAUGUCCGUCAGUUUGCAAGCCGCGGGGAACCCAUUGGACGGUAUGACCAGGCUACAGAUACUAUCAUGUCAGUCACAGAGAGCAUAUUCAGUUCCAUGGGUGAUGCAGGAGAAAUGGUGCGACAAGCACGAGUAUUAGCCCAAGCUACAUCAGAUCUGGUGAAUGCCAUGAGGUCUGAUGCAGAAGCGGAGAUAGAUAUGGACAAUUCUAAGAAACUGCUGGCUGCUGCCAAGCUUCUGGCUGAUUCCACUGCUCGCAUGGUGGAAGCUGCAAAAGGAGCUGCAGCUAACCCUGAGAAUGAAGAUCAGCAACAGCGACUCAGGGAAGCUGCAGAGGGCUUGAGAGUGGCAACCAAUGCAGCAGCCCAAAAUGCCAUAAAGAAGAAGAUUGUGAACAGACUAGAGGCUGCUGCAAAACAGGCUGCUGCAGCUGCUACACAGACCAUAGCUGCCUCACAGAAUGCUUCUGUCUCCAACAAGAAUAUGUCGGCUCAUCAGCAACUGGUUCAGAGCUGUAAGGUUGUGGCUGAUCAUAUUCCUCACCUGGUACAGGGUGUGCGGGGCAGCCAGGCACAGACAGAAGAUCUGAGUGCACAGCUAGCUCUUAUUGUCUCCAGCCAGAACUUCCUACAGCCUGGAAGCAAGAUGGUAUCUUUUGCCAAGGCCGCUGUGCCCACCGUAACUGAUCAGGCAGCUGCCAUGCAGUUAGGUCAGUGUGCCAAGAACCUUGCGACCAGUUUGGCUGAGCUGCGGACGGCUACACAGAAGGCCCAUGAGGCUUGUGGACCUAUGGAAAUUGAUUCAGCCCUGAAUGCUGUCCAAACCCUAAAGAACGAGUUGCAGGAUGCAAAAAUGGCUGCUUCAGACAGGCAAUUGAAACCACUUCCAGGAGAGACGCUGGAGAAGUGCGCCCAAGACCUCGGCAGCACAUCUAAGACCGUUGGCUCAUCUAUGGCUCAGCUGCUGACAUGUGCCGCUCAGGGGAAUGAACAUUAUACAGGUGUUGCUGCAAGAGAAACUGCACAGGCUCUUAAAACCCUGGCGCAGUCUGCUCGAGGGGUAGCAGCUUCCACUGGCGACCCACAGGCUGCUAGCGACAUGUUGGAUUCGGCUAGAGAUGUGAUGGACGGGUCAGCCAACCUCAUCCAGGAAGCAAAGCAAGCUCUAGUGGCCCCGGGUGAUGCUGAGAUUCAGCAGAGACUGGCCCAGGUGGCUAAAGCGGUCUCUCAUUCGCUGAAUAACUGCGUGAAUUGCCUUCCGGGGCAGAAGGAUGUGGAUAUGGCUCUUAAGAGCAUUGGAGAAUCCAGUAAGAAGCUGCUUGUGGAUUCGCUUCCUCCAAGCACCAAGUCUUUUCAGGAGGCACAAAGCGGGCUGAACCAGGCAGCUGAGGAUCUGAACCAGUCAGCUGGAGAGGUGGUUCACGCUUCCCGGGGGCAGAGCGGGGAGCUGGCAGCCGCGUCUGGCAAAUUCAGUGAUGAUUUUGAUGAAUUCCUCGAUGCUGGAAUUGAAAUGGCUGGACAAACACAGAGCAAAGAUGACCAGAUGCAAGUUAUAGGGAACCUCAAGACCAUUUCCAUGGCCUCAAGCAAACUUCUUCUGGCUGCAAAAUCUCUGUCUGUUGAUUCUGGAGCUCCAAGUGCCAAGAAUCUUCUGGCAGCAGCUGCAAGGGCCGUGACAGAGAGCAUAAACCAGCUAAUCACCAUAUGUACCCAGCAGGCUCCAGGACAAAAAGAAUGUGACAAUUCUCUACGUGAGCUGGAGACUGUGAAAGGGAUGCUUGAAAACCCUAAUGAACCAGUCAGUGACCUGUCCUACUUUGACUGCAUUGAGAGUGUGAUGGAGAAUUCUAAGAUCCUUGGAGAAUCCAUGGCAGGGAUUUCUCAGAAUGCCAAAACUGGAGACUUACCAGUGUUUGGGGAGUGUGUCGGUGUAGCUUCCAAAGCUCUUUGUGGGCUGACAGAAGCUGCUGCACAGGCAUCGUACCUGGUGGGUAUUUCUGAUCCCAAUAGCCAGGCUGGCCAGCAAGGGCUUGUUGAUCCAAUUCAGUUUGCCAGAGCUAAUCAAGCCAUCCAGAUGGCUUGCCAGAACUUAGUAGAUCCAGCCAGCAGCCCGUCUCAGGUUCUGUCAGCUGCCACCAUAGUUGCCAAACACACCUCAGCACUGUGCAAUGCCUGCCGCAUUGCGUCUUCCAAAACUGCCAAUCCCGUGGCUAAAAGGCACUUUGUCCAAUCGGCCAAAGAGGUGGCGAACAGUACUGCCAACUUAGUGAAAACAAUCAAGACUCUAGAUGGAGACUUUUCAGAUGACAAUCGUGAGAAGUGCAGCGCAGCUACCGCGCCACUUAUAUCCGCUGUAGAGAACUUGACAGCAUUUGCCUCAAAUCCUGAAUUUGCCAGUAUUCCAGCCAAGAUAAGUACAGAGGGGUCUCGUGCUCAAGAGCCUAUAUUAGUCUCUGCUGUCACCAUGCUAGAGAGCUCAUCAUCGCUUAUUAAGACUGCCCGAUCUCUCGCAAUAAAUCCUAAAGAUCCACCAACGUGGUCUAGCCUGGCUGGUCAUUCCCGAAUAGUCUCUGACUCUAUUAAGAGUCUGAUUACAUCCAUCAGGGACAAAGCUCCAGGACAGAGAGAGUGUGAUUAUUCUAUUGAUAGCAUCAACCGAUGUAUUCGUGACAUUGAGCAUGCAUCUCUCGCAAGUGUCAGUCAGAACCUGGCUAUGAGGGAUGAUAUCUCACUAGAGGCGCUUCAGGAACAACUGACAUCUGUAGUACAAGAGAUUGGUCACCUCAUUGAUCCCAUUACUACAGCAGCACGAGGCGAAGCUGCUCAGCUUGGACACAAGGUCACCCAACUUGCCCGCUACUUUGAGCCUUUAAUCAUGGCUGCCGUUGGUGUGGUUUCCAAAAUCCUGGACCAUCAGCAACAGAUGACAGUACUGGAUCAAACCAAGACAUUGGCAGAGUCUGCUUUACAGAUGUUAUAUGCUGCCAAAGAAGGUGGAGGGAACCCCAAGGCAUCCCAUACACACGAUGCCAUUGCAGAAGCAGCUCAGCUGAUGAAGGAGGCUGUGGAUGACCUGAUGAUCACCCUUAACGAGGCUGCCAGUGAAGUUGGCAUGGUGGGAGGCAUGGUGGAUUCUAUUGCAGAUGCCAUGAGCAAGCUUGACGAAGGAACGCCACCAGAGCCCACAGGAACCUUUGUGGAUUACCAAACCACAGGUGUUAAAUAUUCCAAGGCUAUUGCCGUGACUGCCCAGGAGAUGAUGACAAAAUCUGUAACUAAUCCAGAGGAACUUGGAGGUUUGGCAUCUCAGGUGACCAGUGACUAUGGAAAUCUAGCAGUCCAGGGUCGUAUGGCUGCAGCCACAGCAGAACCCAAAGAGGUUGGGUUUCAGAUUAAAACAAGGAUUCAGGAUUUGGGACAUGGCUGUAUAUUUUUGGUACAGAAAGCUGGAGCCUUGCAGAUCUGUCCCUCUGAUAGUUACACAAAGCGGGAGCUGAUUGAAUGCGCGCGAGCUGUGACAGAGAAGGUAUCACUGGUUCUGUCAGCUCUGCAGGCGGGUAACAAGGGAACACAGGCUUGCAUCACUGCAGGCAGUGCAGUGUCUGGCAUUAUUGCCGAUCUGGAUACCACCAUCAUGUUUGCCACAGCUGGGACACUCAACUCUGAAAACAAGGAGUCUUUUGCUGACCACAGGGAGAACAUCCUUAAGACUGCCAAGGCUCUUGUAGAGGACACAAAGUUGUUGGUGUCUGGUGCAGCAUCUAGUCAAGAGAAGCUGGCGCAGGCAGCGCAGUCAUCAGCCAACACUAUUACACAGCUGGCAGAGGUGGUGAAAUUGGGUGCCGCUAGUUUAGGGUCUGAUGACCCUGAAACCCAGCUCUAUAUCUAUCUUCAAAUAAGACGUCCGGGCCAAGAAGCAAUAUUCCAAAUGAACACGGAGCACUGUCGGGUAGUGCUAAUCAAUGCAAUUAAGGAUGUUGCAAAGGCUCUAGGGGAUCUAAUUGGAGCCACAAAAGGUGCAGCUGGUAAAGCAGCCGAUGACUCCUCCAUGUACCAGUUGAAGAGCGCAGCUAAGGUCAUGGUGACAAAUGUGACAUCCCUCUUGAAGACUGUGAAAGCUGUGGAAGACGAAGCCACACGUGGCACAAGGGCUUUGGAAGCCACAAUUGAGCACAUCAAACAAGAGCUGACAGUUUUCCAGUCCAAGGAGGUUCCUGAAAAGACAACAUCCCCUGAAGAAUCAAUUCGCAUGACCAAAGGAAUUACUACAGCAACAGCCAAAGCGGUGGCAGCUGGCAAUUCUUGUCGACAGGAAGAUGUAAUCGCUACUGCCAACUUGAGCCGAAAAGCAGUUUCCGAAAUGUUGACAGCAUGCAAGCAAGCUGUGUACCAUCCAGACAUCAGCACAGAAACAAGGGAGCGAGCACUGAAAUAUGGGACAGAGUGUACACUGGGAUAUGUGGAAAUGCUGGACCAUGUCUUAUCUAUUCUGCAGAAACCCACCCCAGAAGGGAAGGUUCAGCUGUCUGGCUACUCCAAACGUAUUGCGUCAGCUGUGACGGAACUGAUCCAGACCACGGAAACCAUGAAAGGCACAGAAUGGGUGGAUCCUGAAGAUCCCACAGUUAUUGCUGAGACGGAGCUGCUUGGAGCUGCAGCUUCUAUUGAGGCAGCAGCUAAGAAACUGGAACAGCUCAGACCACGGGCCAAACCAAGGCAGGCAGACGAGACUCUGGACUUCGAGGAACAGAUCUUAGAAGCAGCAAAGUCAAUUGCAGCUGCCACAAGCGCGCUAGUGAAAUCUGCCUCCGCAGCACAGAGAGAGCUGGUGGCACAAGGCAAGGUUGGAGCAAUUGCAGCUAAUGCAGCUGAUGAUGGCCAGUGGUCCCAGGGACUCAUUUCUGCUGCCAGGAUGGUGGCCGCGGCAACAAGCAACUUGUGCGAAUCGGCCAACGCCUCAGUGCAGGGCCACGCCAGUGAGGAGAAACUCAUCUCCUCUGCCAAGCAAGUAGCAGCCUCCACUGCCCAACUUCUGGUCGCCUGCAAGGUGAAAGCUGACCAAGACUCGGAAGCCAUGAGAAGACUCCAGGCUGCUGGCAAUGCUGUGAAAAGAGCCUCGGAUAACCUGGUGAGAGCAGCCCAGAAAGCUGCCUUCAGUAAAGCUGAGGAUGAUGAUGUUGUUGUGAAGACGAAGUUUGUGGGUGGGAUUGCACAGAUCAUUGCAGCUCAGGAGGAAAUGCUAAAGAAGGAGAGAGAGCUAGAAGAAGCCCGUAAGAAGCUAGCCCAAAUCCGCCAACAACAGUAUAAAUUCCUACCAUCCGCCCUGAGGGAGGAGGAGAGCUAAUGAUCCAGCCUGGCCUGAUAACUGGAACCGGAGUCUGCUCUGCAGCAAGCAGGGACAAAACAAAUGACUGUAGCUGGAUCCGUCCCUCUGUAGCUCACUAGAUUCUAAAACCACUAUAAAACGGAGAGAUGGAGUGUGAUUUUUCAUGCUGAAGACAAACAGUAUUAUUACCCAAGGUGGACAUGCCCUAUUAUAUAAAUAAAGUAUAUAUAUAAAGAUAUACACAGCUACAGGGGUCUGAGAGACUGUGACUUGGGGAAAAGACCGUCCUGCAACAAUAUGUGUGCUUUUAGAGAUUGUCUCCCUUUUCAUGUAACCACUAAUGUCGCGGGUGCCUGCAAUGCAGAGCUAAACAUUGAAGGGGUUAAAUUACCUUUUUUUUUUCUAGUCUGUUGAAAGUUUUAUUUGGUCACUGGAACAAUUCUGUACCGUUAAAUAAUGUACACAAAACCUCUUGGAAAAUAAAGGCACUUGUAAUGAA